AUGGUGCCGUUGCGUGGGCUCGAGUGGCCAAUGCAGUCGUUGGGAUUAUUCAAAGCGAAGCGCCCAACGUCUGGCAAAGAUGACUGGGCGGCAUUUGCUCUUUCAAGACGCACUUUCGACAUUGCCGCAUUGGGGCCGAUGGCCAAGGAACACACAAGCGAGCCUGUUGUCCCCUCUUCCCCUGUCAUGGACACAAUGAGGCUGUCGGCCAAAGAUGCAGGAUGCAGGCGCCACCUUUUUUGCGCGAAUGGCGUCAAGGCUGUCGCGCUUCCCCCGGUCAUUCAUCGUACCAGUGGGGGGGAAAUUGGAAGAACCAUGAACACUCGGCUCAGGAACGAGGAGGAGUGUGGGCGAGGAUACGAGAACGCGUGGCAGACUGAGGUUCUAGAGAGAUGGGAGCAGAUUCAUAAUCUCCCGAUACGAUUUCGACUGCCUAGAAACUUGACAAGCUCAGAGGCAAACCGGCCGACGCAAAAGGAUUUUGUCUUGUCAUGCUUUUGGGAGGGCAAACGACAAGGUGAAAACAGACAGAAACCCACCAACAAUGGGGCGCGAACUGUCUUGCUGCUUGUCUCUGGGCUUGUGCCAGCUGGAAUCCUGAUUGUGGCAAUGGAUCGUCAUGGCCAUCGGUCCGAUGAUCAAUCGGCUGGCGACGGCGUGUGCGGGUGGCCACCCACAAGCAAAGACAAAGAGAGGAGCCUACUAAUUCGUACAAGAUUCAGUGAGGAAUUUGGGCUCGAUUGCCUGGCAUGGGGGCGGUUUGGUUUGCCUGGCGACGGGUUGGCAGUUCCAGAGGCUUUUUACUGGAGCAACCGAGCUAGCUGCAGCUUGCCAAAAUAA